AGAGUAUAUCAAGUUUACACCAAUUGAUGCUCCCCAUUGGUCCGUGGCCGUAUCUUUUGCGUUGGGAAAACACUUGUUGACAAUUGUAGCUAAGCCUAAACCUUUUCCUAACCUUAAUCUCAGUCUCCUAACCGUCACGUUAGUUAUCCAAACCUGCAUGGUAAACAAAUCCUCACCCUUUUCCUAACCUUAUCCUCAGUCUCCUAACCUGCCAUGCUAAUUCACCUAACUGACACUUUAAUUAUCAUAACCUGUUAUGUAUGCUAUGUGCCUAGUUAAAUAAAUACUUUAAAUGUUUUUUUUACAAAUAUUCUCCAUCAGUUUCAUAACACCGGAACUGACCAAUGGCAUUUAUACAUGUUUCUUAUAUCAGGGAACAUCCUUAUCAAGAAACUGUACAGUAGUUCUCCUACUGGGAGGCGCGGGAAAUAGUUGAAAGAGUGAUUGGUGCUGAGGAAGCUAUGGCAGUGGAUGCCCCGCAGCCUGUUGAGAUUCAUAACGUCGUUCACCAGUUGAAGGAUACCGAUUGUAAAGAUGAAUUGUACGUGCGGCUGAAAGGUUUUUGGGAGUUCAGGAAUUUACAUUGGAAGCAUUGCAGGCAGUGGUGGAAAAAGUACCCAAUUGUCAUACUUGAGUAAAAGUAAAGAUACUUGAGUCCUUUCCUAUCAAGGUAAAAGUGAAAGCCACCCAGUAAAAUACUACUUGAGUAAAAGUCUAAAAGUAUUUGGUUUAACAUAUACAUAAGUAUCAAAAGUAAAUGUAAUUGCUAAAAUAUACUUAUGUAUCAAAAGUAAAAGUAUAAAUAAUGUAAUAAAUAACGCUCCGAGAGCGAUACGAACUGACAAUCUGACAACGCUCUGAAUUUACGAACGCCCAAGGCCACUCUGGCACUCCAGAUUGAAUUUAAGAUCACACCCAUCAUUUACAAAAAGAGCAUUUGUGUUUAGUGAGUCCGCCAGAUCAGAUGCAGUAGGGAUGUGUGAAUUUAACAAUUUUCCUGUCCUGCUAAUCAUUCAAAAUGUAACGAGUACGUUUGGGUGUCACGGAAAAGGUAUGGAGUAGAAAGUACAUUAUUUUCUUUGGGAAUGUAGUGGAGUAAAAGUAGAAGUUGUCAAAAAUAUCAAAAGUAAAGUACAGAUACCACAACAAACUACUUACGUAGUACUUAAAAUAUUUGUACUUAAGUACUUUACACCACUGAUUGCAGGGAAUACUGACUGAAGAUGUUCCUCCCUACGAGGCCCAUGAGACUGUGUAGGGAUGUGAUUUGAAUUGGACUGUGACUGAAGAUGUUCCUCCCUACGAGGCCCAUGAGACUGUGUAGGGAUGUGAAUUGAAUAGGACUGUGACUGAAGAUGUUCCUCCCUACGAGGCCCAUGAGACUGUGUAGGGAUGUGAUUUGAAUAGGACUGUGACUGAAGGAGUGGGAUGUUUUUAUUUAUCUAUUUUUGAAUGUUGUUUUGAUGUCGGUGUUCCCCCUCCCCUUAUCCUUAAUUGGACGUGUAUCUUUUUCUACAGUUUACUAACCGUACAGUAGGUGGCGGCAGACACGUUAUAUUUGUGUAAAUUUUAGUGUACCAGAGAAGAAGAUGACGCUGUUGCAAUGUCGUAUUGUGGAACAGGAAGUUCCGGGUAGAAAACGACAGAACUGUGUUAUGUCGAUAGUGGUUGUGUCCGUUUCAACUGUAUUAUUGUAGGUAUGUAAUAGCACGUUUAAACUUUCUAAUGUCGAAAGAAUAUAAAAUAUGUUAGUUAACAAAUCCUUUAAGGUAUUUUUACGUUUGGUAAAGGUUUUAAUUGUAUGUGUUAUUUUGGGGUCAAACCGAGUGAGUGAAGAACGUGAUUAAAAACGAUUUUACAAGUCACUUAGCUAGACUUUGGGUUUGUCUGAGUGUGUGUACAUAACUUCGUCAAAGUCAUUUCGUAAAGAUUCCACUUAUUUGAGUUCUUGGUUUUGUGUAAAAUGUUGUUUAUGAGCUGUUAAAUAGCCUCGUCCGAACCAUCCUGAUCUCGCGAGUUUACAUACACUGUUUCGUUAAUGUAAGUUCGCGAGAUCCGGGUGAUUCCGACGAGUCUAGUCAAAUGGCGGCUUCAACGGUUUCGGUCGUCUUUCUAGGAGUUUGCUCGUAAUGAAAUGGCGACAUGAGGCUGUGUGAUGGAGUGUCAAAACAGAGGGAAGCUAACUGAAGUUAUCCUUCACCAUUUGGAGAGAGAGGCCAACUGCAUGGAAUGGCGUCGAUUAAUGCGGAUGAAUCAGAGCACGUAUCAAACUCAUUCCAUGGAGGACCAAGUGUCUGCGGGUUUUCGCUCCACCCGUGUACUUGAUUAAUUAAUUAAGGUCACUAAUUAGAAAGGAACUCCCCUCAUCUGAUUGUCUAGAUUUUAAUUGAAAUUGAGAGAAAAAAAUUAAACCCGCGGAGACUCGGCCCUCAAUGGAAUGAGGUUGACACCCCUCUAAACAAUGGAAAUGGAGAGAGAGUUUGAGAAGCAACAGUUGUGCUAGAAUGCGAUCAAUGUGGGGGACUUUUCUGAUAUGGAGUGGGAGGAUGAGGGCCUAGUAUGUGAAUGGUCUGUAGUGGAAAGACAUAGGAAAAACAGAGAUAAUGAUACUGGAAGCAGAGGUGCAUGUAGUAUAGAAACUAAAGAGGCCCAAGGUAGGGAGCUAGAGUAAUAAUGUCACAGUGGAAAGUUGGGAUGGUGUUUGAGGAGACCACAGGGCCUCAUUUACACCCUAUCUGAUUAACCAAGGCCAUAAAAAGAGGUGAAGUUAAACUGGGCCGCAUCCGUGUAAAUGAGAACUUGUUCUGAACUAGUCUACCUGGUUAAAUAAAGGUGAAAUAAAACAUUGAAAAUGGUUGAUUCUUAAUAUCUUGUGCUAGUCAGGUUCAGCAAGGGAAGAUUCUUCAAAUGGAAAAUCAUAAUGGGACGAAGCUCAGAAGCCAUGAUCCUGGAGCUUAUGCUAAAUGGAGCUUCCAUGGCUGGUCCUGUAGUAAGAGGACCUACUGUCAGAACUGGUCUUUCUACUAGUCCUGACAUGGUUUCGAGGGCUGUUCAGAAAUCUUGCUCCCAUAAAUGCGCUGUGACAAAGGAUACUUUGUAAUACCAGGUUGAAAGUUAUCUUGUAAACUGCAGCAGAGUUGUUGGGGGUAACAGAUGUUACUGUCGGUAUGGUUUUUGAUAAGUUGGAUAACCUGGGGGUGGAUUGUCUCAGCAUGAUAUAAACUCCAAUGUUAGCAAACGCAGAAAGGGUUAUACUGAUAAAGUUUAUUGGGGGUGUGGGAGGGUUUUUGUGGAAGGGGAGGGUGUGGUAGAAGUUAAUAGGGAUUUCUUGGUUUAUUUUCUUAGUACAGAAUGAGACAGACAUGGACCUUAAACAUUUGCGGACCGCCAUGAUACCAUAGGAGGUCUGCAUCAACGGACUUCAGUGCAUGUAGUGCCUCAUCAGAGAGAGAACAUUUCAGUUGCUCUACAGUUUUGAAGCUGAAUGUAAUGAUUAUCAGUCCUUUACAUGGGUACUAAUAUUCAGACACAUUCAGUUGUUUCUAUAUUUAUCUAUAAUUCAGGGUUUUCACACGAGGCUUAAAGUAAAUAGAUAUUAGUGCUUGAAAAAGUACUUAAGUCCUUGAAUUUGACUUGCCACUGUAACAGCCCUGAUAAUUCUUACUAUGGUGUGAAUAGGAAAUACAAUUGGUUUUUGUGAGUGAAAUAAUAGUGAAGACAAGGUUAUUCAUAAAAUGUUUACAUAGUACUGCCUAAAUCAUACUGCAAUCUUGUACUAAAUGGUUUUUGAGUCAUUUAUGCAUUCAUGUGAAUUUAGGAAAUCUACUAUAGAUUAAGUGCACUUAUCUUGUGAAAUUUAAAAUGUGUAUAUUGUGUCUAAUGUGAAUGAAUGUUUUGUCAAGGAUUAGCUACCUGACCUACUGAAAUGAGAUAAUUGAACAAGAAAAAAUAGAAAAUAAUUAUACAGAAUAAAAUGCCAGAACUGUCAAGAAAAUAACUUUUGUGUCCGUUUGUCUUUAUCACUACAGGCCGACUCAGAUUACGUCUGAGGCCGGUAACAUCAACAGUGAGGACAAACCCAGCCUGCCUCUCUCCUUCCACACUGAGUAGAAACCUACAGUCACUGGGUCCUGAUUGUGACAGUGGAGCCCAGUUUGCACCGCAGGAUCCAGAGAUGGCAUCAGUGAAGCUGGAGGACUGCAGUCAAACACUGGAGCUGAAUGUCAACAUUAAAGUUGAAGAAGAGGACGAGAAGAUUAGGACAACUGUUAGUCAUGGUUACCAUGUUGAGCCAUUCUCUACAUCCAGAGAGCAACCUCAGGAAGAUCAGAGAGAUAAGAGGUCUCAUCACUGCCCACAUUGUGAAGAGAUUUUCCCAUUUCUAUCAAAGCUAAAAAUACAUCUAAAAAUACACACAGGAGAGAAGCCUUACUCCUGCUCUGACUGUGGAAAAUGCUUCAAAACAUCAACUCAUCUAAAAGUUCAUCAGAGAACACACACAGGAGAGAAGCCGUAUUACUGCUCUGACUGUGGAACUAGUUUCUCUAAUCUGGGAACCUUAAAAACACACCAACGUAUACACACAGGAGAUAAGCCUUACGUCUGCUCUGACUGUGGAAAAUGCUUCAAAACAUCAACUGAGCUAAAAGUUCAUCGGAGAACACACACAGGAGAGAAGCCGUAUUACUGCUCUGACUGUGGAACUAGUUUCUCUCAACUUUCCCACUUAAAUUCACAUGAACGAAUACAUACAGGAGAGAAGCCUUACUCCUGCUCUGACAGUGUCAAAUAUUUCAAAACAUCAAAUGAGCUAAAAGUUCAUCAGAGAACACACACAGGAGAGAAGCCUUACGUCUGCUCUGACUGUGGAAAAUGCUUCAAAACAUCAACUGAGCUAAAAGUUCAUCGGAGAACACACACAGGAGAGAAGCCGUAUUACUGCUCUGACUGUGGAACUAGUUUUUCUCAACUUUCCCACUUAAAUUCACAUGAACUUAUACAUACAGGAGAGAAGCCUUACUCCUGCUCUGACUGUGUCAAAUAUUUCAAAACAUCAUCUGAGCUAAAAGUUCAUCAGAGAACACACACAGGAGAGAAGCCUUUCUUCUGCCCUGACUGUGGAACUAGUUUCUCUCAACUUUCAAACUUAAAUUCACAUGAACGUAUACAUACAGGAGAGAAGCCUUACUCCUGCUCUGACUGUGUAAAAUAUUUCAAAACAUCAUCUGAGCUAAAAGUUCACCAGAGAACACACACAGGAGAGAAGCCUUACGUCUGCUGUGACUGUGGAAAAUGCUUCAAAACGUCAACUGAGCUAAAAGUUCAUCGGAGAACACACACAGGAGAGAAGCCGUAUUACUGCUCUGACUGUGGAACUAGUUUCUCUCAACUUUCAAACUUAAAUUCACAUGAACGUAUACAUACAGGAGAGAAGCCUUACUCCUGCUCUGACUGUGUAAAAUAUUUCAAAACAUUAUCUGAGCUAAAAGUUCAUCAGAGAACACACACAGGAGAGAAGCCUUACGUUUGCUCUGACUGUGGAAAAUGUUUUAAAACAUCAAAUGAGCUAAAAGUUCACCAGAGAACACAUACAGGAGAGAAGCCUUUCUUCUGCUCUGACUGUGGGGCGAGUUUCUCUCAUCUGGGCACCUUAAAAACACACCAACUUAUACACACCGGAGAGAAGCCUUACGUCUGCUCUGACUGUGGAAAAUGCUUCAAAACAUCCACUGAGCUAAGAGUUCAUCAGAGAACACACACAGGAGAGAAGCCGUAUUACUGCUCUGACUGUGGAACUAGUUUCUCAACAUUUUCCAACUUAGAAACACAUGAACGUAUACAUACAGGAGAGAAGCCAUACUCCUGCUCUGACUGUGGGGCGAGUUUCUCUCGUCUGGGCACCUUAAAAACACACCAACGUACACACACAGGAGAGAAGCCUUACGUCUGCUCUGACUGUGGAAAACGUUUUAAAACAUCAUCUCAGCUAAAAGUUCAUCGGAGAACACACACAGGAGAGAAGCCGUAUUACUGCUCUGACUGUGGAAAAUGCUUCAAAACAUCAACUGAGCUAAAAGUUCAUCGGAGAACACACACAGGAGAGAAGCCGUAUUCCUGCUCUGACUGUGGAACUAGUUUUUCUCAACUUUCCCACUUAAAUUCACAUGAACUUAUACAUACAGGGGAGAAGCCAUACUCCUGCUCUGACUGUGGAAAAUGUUUUAAAACAUCAAAUGAGCAAAAAGUUCACCAGAGAACACAUACAGGAGAAAAGCCUUAAUCCUGUUCUGACUGUGGGUGAGUUUCUCUCGACCUUAAAAACACCAACAUAUACAUAAAGGAGAGAACCCUUACUCCUGCUCUGUGGAGGGGUGCACGUGUAAGUCAAACAACUAGCCAAAGGCUGCGUGUUUGAAUCUCAUCAAGGAGGACUUUAGCAUUUUAGGAAAUUAGCAACUUUGCAACUUCUUACUACUUUUUAGCUAUGUCAGCAUGUUAGCUUAGCAUGCAACUACUUAGCAUGUUAGCCAACCUUUCCCCUAAACCCAUUUAACUCUACCUUAAACCUCUAACCUAGCUAUUGUUAGCAACAAAAAAUUGGAAUUCGUAACAUAUCAUACAUAUUACAAGUUCGUAACAUAUUGUAUGAAUAGCAAUGCGUAAAAUAACAUACGAAUUGUAAUUCUUAACAUACGAUACGUCCUACAAGUUGUAUUAUACUGAACAACAAUCUAAACGCAACAAUUUCAAAGAUGUACAGUUUGUAGAAGGAAAUCAGUCAAUUGUAAUAAAUGAGGCCCUAAUCUAUGGAUUUCACAUGACUGGGCAGGGGCUCAGGCAUGGGUGGGACUUGGGAGGGCAUAGGCCCACUUGGGAGCCAGGCCCAGCCAAUCAGCAUGAGUUUUUCCCCACAAAAGGUCUUUAUUACAGACAGAAAUACUACUCAUCCCCCCCCACCCCCAUAGGAGGCUGUAGGAGGGCAACAACCCAGCAGCAGGACCGCUACCUCCGCCUUUGUGCAAGGAGGAGCACUGCCAGAGCCCUGCAAAAUGACUUCCAGCAGGCCACAAAUGUGCAUGUGUCUGCUCAAACGGUCAGAAACAGACUCCAUGAGGGUGGUAUGAGGGCCCGACGUCCACAGGUGGGGGUUGUGCUUACAGCCCAACACCGCGCAGGACGUUUGGCAUUUGCCAGAGAACACCAAGAUUGGCAAAUUUGCCACUGGCGCCCUGUGCUCUUCACAGAUGAAAGCAGGUUCACACUGAGCACAUGAGCACAUGUGACAGAGUCUGGAGACGCCGUGGAGAACGUUCUGCUGCCUGCAACAUCCUCCAGCAUGACCGGUUUGGCGGUGGGUCAGUCAUGGUGUGGGUUGGCAUUUCUUUGUGGGGUCGCACAGCCCUCCAUGUGCUAGCCAGAGGUAGCCUGACUGCCAUUAGGUACCGAGAUGAGAUCCUCAGACCCCUUGUUAGACCAUAUACUGACACAUGCACAUUUGUGGCCUGCUGGAGGUCAUUUUGCAGGGCUCUGGCAGUGCACCUCCUUGCACAAAGGCGGAGGUAGCGGUCCUGCUGCUGGGUUGUUGGCCUCCUCCACAUCUCCUGAUGUACUGGCCUGUCUCCUGGUAGCGCCUCCAUGCUCUGGACACUACGCUGACAGACACAGCAAACCUUCUUGCCACAGCUCGCAUUGAUGUGCCAUCCUGGAUGAGCUGCACUACCUGAGCCACUUGUGUGGGUUGUAGACUCCGUCUCAUGCUACCACUAGAGUGAAAGCACCGCCAGCAUUCAAAAGUGACCAAAACAUCAGCCAGGAAGCAUAGGAACUGAGAAGUGGUCUGUGGUCACCACCUGCAGAACCACUCCUUUAUUGUGGGUGUCUUGCUAAUUGUCUAUAAUUUCCACCUUUUGUCUAUUCAAUUUGCACAACAGCAUGUGAAAUGUAUUGUCAAUCAAUGUUGCUUCCUAAGUGGACAGUUUGAUUUCACAGAAGUGUGAUUGACUUGGAGUUACAUUGUGUUGUUUAAGUGUUCACUUUAUUUUUUUGAGCAGUGUAUAAUACGUUUUGCUAGUAGACACUUUUUUUUAUUGAGUCUUUACUUAACUAGGCAAGUCAGUUAAGAUCAAAUUCUUACUUACAAUGCUGGCUUAGGAACAGUGGGUUAACUGCCUUGUUCAGAGGCAGAUCGACAGAUUUUUACCUUACCAGCUCGGGGAUUCGAUUUAGAAACCUUUUGGUUACUGGCCAAACGUUCUAACCACUAGGCUACCUUCCGCCUCUAACAUGUAUCAGAUAGAGAUGGUGUGAUGAUCACUUUUCACCAUUAGUUUGGGGGGAUUAUUUUACAACUUUAUUUAAUGAUACACAGUUUAUGAAAUUAAUCCUUGUGUUUAUUAAUUGUCUUUAAAACUAGAUUAGUUAUUUUAGUUACUGAUCAUGAAUGUGUUUGGAUAACUGCAUUGAAGCAAACUUGAUUGAUCUGCCAAUGAAAAAUAAAGUUACAUGAAUAUG